CUUCUCUGACUCUUAAUUCCACUAUGAAACAGCUGACGGCAGAAACUAUUCGUCUCCUUUCAAGUUCUCAGGUCAUUACAUCAGUUGUGAGUGUGGUGAAGGAGCUGAUAGAAAACUCCUUGGAUGCCAGUGCCACAAAUAUUGAUAUUAAACUGGAGAAUUAUGGGUUUAACAAAAUAGAAGUGAGAGACAAUGGCAAUGGAAUCAAGGUUGCUGAUGUUCCAGUUAUGGCAAUUAAACACUACACCUCAAAAAUAAGCUCUUCUGAGGACCUUGAAAGGUUGACAACAUACGGUUUCCGUGGGGAAGCUUUGGGAUCAAUUUGCUGCAUAUCAGAGGUUUUGAUCACAACAAAGACAGCUGAUGAUGAUUUCAGCAUUCAGUAUGCUUUGGAUAGCAAUGGGCAUAUAACUUCUGAAAAGCCUUCCCAUCUUGGGCAAGGUACUACAGUAACAGUCCUCAACUUGUUCAAGAAUCUUCCUGUGAGAAAGCAGUUUUACUCAACAAAUAGAAAAUGUAAGGAAGAACUGAAAAAAGUCCAAGAUCUACUGACAGCAUAUGGUAUCAUAAAACCAGACCUGAGGAUAACCUUAACACAUAAUAAG